AUGCCUUCCAAUCGGUUUCUCUCGCCAAGUCUUUUCCUUCUUUUGUGGAUAACUUUCGUUCAUCUUGCCGGCAUAUAUCUAUUUACUAGUGGAUUUCUACUAACAAGACUUGCUCUUACCAAUGUUACUUCUUGUGUAGAUGGGUCCUGCACUCUGCCAGCUACUCACAAACGAGCAGUCAUCCUCAUCGUUGAUUCGCUGAGGUUCGAUUUUAUUGCCCCGGCACCAUUUAUCCCUUCCUCGAAUAGCACAGAAUUCUCGGCCCAUCACCACUCUAUUUUAACUCUUCCAUCUCUUCUCACUAAUGCUCAUCCGCGAAACUCGUUCAUAUUCAACUCGUAUCCUGACCCUCCUACGACAACGCUCCAGAGGAUCAAAGGUCUCACUACGGGAUCACUUCCUACAUUUGUUGAUCUGGGAAGUAAUUUUGGUGGCAGCGAAAUUGAAGAAGAUUCCUUCAUUGCCCAGGCCAAAAUGAAAGGUGGAGAGAUAGGAUUCAUGGGAGACGAUACUUGGAUGGCCGUUUUCCCCGACACAUUCAACAUUAACAUGACUUGGCCGUACGACUCCUUUAAUGUGGAGGACUUGCAUACUGUUGAUAAUGGGGUCAUCACACACUUGUUCCCUCUACUCGAGUCGAACAAAGCUCCGGACCUCAUCAUAGGUCAUUUUCUUGGUGUUGACCAUGUUGGCCACCGCGUGGGCCCAUUCCAUCCAUCCAUGAGUUCAAAACUACAACAAAUGAAUGCUACUCUCAGCCAUGUCGUCGACUUGUUGUCUGAUGACACGCUUCUAAUCGUUCUCGGAGAUCACGGCAUGGAUCAUUCUGGAGACCACGGAGGUGACGGUGAACUCGAGACAAGUGCCGCUGUCUGGAUCUACAGCAAGGGCAUAGAACUGUUCGAUGAUCACAUCGGAAGCAUCCCUUCCGAGCUGGUACCGUUUACGACCUUUCCCAAUGCUGAAUCUCCAUAUCGUCAUAUACAGCAGAUUGAUCUGGUUCCGACCAUCUCACUUCUUCUUGGUUUACCUAUUCCUUUCAACAACCUAGGUAGUGUGAUACCUGAGCUCUUCUGGAGGGAAACCGGUAGCAACCCUGACAGCCAAGUCGGGGAGUCAUGGAGCUGGGGCGGAAUUCACAAAAGUGCGAAGCUUGAAGGGGGUACAAAACCGGAUGGUCAUCUUUUAACCCGUGCUCUACAGUUGAAUGCACUGCAAGUACACACCUAUCUCGAUACCUACCGCUCCUCCAGCUCAGGCGCUGAGUUGGACGACGCGUGGCCAGGAUUAGAAUCUACGUGGCACAAAACGGAUGCUCGUAUACCGAAAUUGGGGAGUCAAAACCUGGUCGAUAUGUGGAACUACACCCGACUCGCUCUGUCAUCCUGUCGUUCGAUGUGGGCGCAGUUCAACCCAUAUUUGAUGAUCCUUGGCUUGAUAUCACUUUCAAUAUCCCUUCUAUCAACUUGUGUUGUUUACAUAGGGAUUCGUCGUGUGGCUUCUUCCUCUCCUACGGAGACAAAUUGGGAAGAUUGGCUGAGUGCCCGCUUGUGGCAGGCUGUUCGUGGAUUUGCUGGCGGUGCCACCAUUGGUUUCCUCGCUUCGCUUGCACUCGAAAUCCAAGGAAAAGGUGUAGAUUCCUUGGAUUGUAUACUUUUCAUGGCACCCUUUACAUCAUGUAUAAUGAUAGCUGUGCAUUCACUCCCCAAAAAUCAUACAGUGCCGAAAGCUCUAUCUGUGGUCUCGAUGUCAGACUUGAUUGUGUUCAUACCAUUCGUCUUGCAUGUUGCGGCAUUCUUCUCAAACUCCUUUACGUUCUGGGAAGACCGUAUUGUAGCCUUCCUCCUCCCCUCUUCACUCAUUCCACAUAUCCUUACUGGUGUCCGAGCUCCCACCGCUCGCCUCCGCAGACGUAUACUAGGAUUUGCUGGGUUAACAGCAGUAUGCGUCAGGCUCAUGGCCGUCAGUACCAUAUGUCGUGAAGAACAACAUCCUUAUUGCCAUGUUACCUUCUAUUCUUCGACUUUGUCCACCCUCGACAACGAUUACACAUCCGCAGUAGUCCCACCAUCUGCAUCAUCAUCUUUCGCGCCUUUGUUCGCGCUCUUCGGAGCCCCACUUGUUGCACUAGCAUUGCCGAUUGCUUUGCGCCUUUUCUUGAGACAAUCGAAAUCAGAUCAGGGACUAGCUACCGUAUGGUUCAGCUGGGUGAUGGUUCCGAGUUUGUCAUGCGGUACUGGAUAUUGGUUGAUUGAGUACGUUGAAACGGCUGGAGUGGUAGAUGAGAGCGAGUGGGGUACCGCUUUAAGAUUCUGUAGGACCUUUUUAGCACGAGCGGCUUUCGGUUGGCCAACUAUUGUAGGCGGAGCUCUUUGGUGGAAUUAUCCUCUGUGUAUCUCCGUCCUAGCCGAAGAAGCAUCCGAGAGACAGUCUGGACGUCAGGUCACUAUUCUAGGUUUCGCAAAUGCGUACGGUGCGCCCUAUAUGCUGUUCUGGACCAUUACAUUUUCAGUUGUAUGGGCAGCAACGCAGCUCACUGGUCAGAUCAUACUGGGCCUCUCAGCAGUAGCACUUAUGUCAAUUUUGGAAGUUCUCGACGGAGUACGAGACGUUGAAGCAGUAGAAGACGCUUUCAAGUCCAAUAAACUCUCGGAAAUAUUACAGACCGGAGGAGACGAAUUUGGGGUAACUGGUCCACAGCACGAUAGUUCAACCAAGCUUAAGUUUACAGAAAUUGCCUCCUUGGUUUUAUUAGCCCUCCAUGCAUUCUUCCGUACAGGUCAUCAGUCGACUAUAUCCUCCAUCCAGUGGAAAUCUGCUUUCCUUCUUUCCUCAACCGUGACUUACCCCUGGUCUCCCGGUACAGCAAUAUUGAAUUCAUUUGGACCUUUAUGGACUGUCGGCGUAGGCGCUGGUCUAGCUGGUGUCUGGCUAAAAUCGCCCAGAUCUUUCGUGCUGCCUUCCGUACAAGAUAAAAAGUCGGAGAAGAAUGAUCAACCCACUGUUCACACACUCCAAACCAAUGACCAAAUCCAAGCGUCAAUUUUACUUUGCUGUCUCUGCUUGACCAUGUACUUCCUCGCAAUCUUGUUGACCACUUCUCUUUCGGCUGCUAUCCUUCGACGCCACCUAAUGGUCUGGAAAGUAUUUGCGCCGAGAUGGAUGUUGGGAGUAGUGGGUGUGCUGGUAGGUGAUGUGAGCACAAUCUCAGUCUACAUCGGGAUGUGGCGAAUUCAAAAAAUGGUGGACCAGACUUUGAGACGUUGA